GCGGGAAGAUGGCAGCACCAACGGCGAGUUCGAUGUCUUCCUCCAACAGCUCGGGGUACCAGAGCCGCACUCGGGUGGGAGGCGUGAGGCGACGGUGCCAGUGCCUGGUUUACUGGGUGCCGGUUCUCUUCAUCAUCAGCAUCCUCUGCUGGUCCUACUACGCUUAUGUGGCCCAGCUCUGCCUGCUAACUAUGGCAAAUAUUGGAGAAAAGGUGGUGUGCCUGAUUGCCUAUCAUCUAUUUUUCAUGAUGUUUGUGUGGUCUUACUGGCAAACAAUCUUUAUAUUACCAUCAAGUCCUGCCAAAGAAUUCCACCUAACUUAUGCAGGCAAGGAAUUGUUGGAGAGAGAAUCUAGAAGUGAAACCCAUCAAGAAGUGCUGAAGAGACUAGCCAAGGACCUUCCCAUUUAUACAAGAACAAUGUCUGGAGCAAUCAGAUAUUGUGACAGAUGCCAACUUAUAAAACCAGACUGAUGCCAUCACUGUUCCGUCUGUG